ACUUCCCUCGGCCUUCCUCUGUCUCCCUCUGCCUCUCUCUCUCCUCACCGGUCCCUCGCGAUCUACCUUCCCCCUCAUCCCUUUCGCCUUUGUCAUCGUCUUACACUGUUCCAAUGAGCUCAUUUGAAUCAGACGACGCCGCGCUCGCGGCCCUGGAGGCCUUCCUAUCUGCAGGACCACCCGAGGCCGCACUCGCAUCAGCCCCGGUGUUGGCCGCUGCUCCCGAGCUCCGGGCAUCAAGUGGCGAAGAGAGUGCCGAUUCGGAGUCCGACCGUGAGGACUCCUCGACCAGUGGCCACGCCGAUCUCGAGAAAUCCGCCGCACCACCCCCCUCGCAUGUUCCGGGGACUGAUGAGAGCCUUGAUGGCUCCCGGCGGCUGCAUGCCGGGUAUCAGUCGCGCCUGGAGUCGCUGCAGCGGCGGAUAGGCGCCGUGAAGCGCGCCCGGCCGGCCGACGUGACCACCCGGCCGGCCAAGCGUGUUGCAACAGCCGGCGCCGUCCCGAUCGUCAGUGCUGACUAUCCCUCCUCGGAGGAUGAGGAGCCUCAGGACGCUGAAGCCAUCCCGUGGGAUGGCGGCAUUCGCCCUGCCGAACCUGCCCCGAGCACUGCCAGUCAGCUCGCCGGUGAUGCCGUGACCAAUGGCGAUCGCAGCGCCAGUGACGGCAGCAGCAGCAGCAGCAGCGAGGAGGGGGAUGACGAGGAUGAUUUCUUCUCAUGGCGGCGUCGUGCGUAGAUCGCCCGUCGCCCGCCGGGAGGGAGGGGGGGGGGGGACUCUCCACAUGCAUGGUCCUCUUCCUCUCUGGCAAAAUAAACGACAAGAAAGAAAAGGGCAA